AUGCCAAGCGCGUCUACUGUGAGCAUGAGCAGCUUGUUGACCUGCUUGCUUCAGAGUGUGGACAAACCGACCGCUCGUCGUACACUGGUUGUAGCUGCCGCAGUUUCGUUCACCGAUGAUUGGGGGGGGGGUAGGUGGCUCCGCAUUGCACGCGCGAGCUGCGGUGCAUAUCCAAUGACCGUGCCGGGAUUUGAACCCCGGACAUCUGACAUGCGAGGCGAGCGUGUAACCACUACUCCACCAACGCACUCCACCAACCAACGGAGGUUUACAAUUGCGUAUGCUCCCUCAAGCGCCACCGAGUUCCUGUUCCGGAUGAGCUCGCACCCGCAUUGCUCAAAGACGGGGGGAGAGUCGGUGAUGGUAUCCAUUUUCAAAAAGGCGCUCGUAGUGAGUGGUAACCACAGGGGGAUCAGCUUGACCCCGGGCGUAACGAGACUGCUGGCGUCAAUCGUUCUUCGUCACCUUACGGUGGCUUGUGAGAUACUGACUUGA